AUGUUGAACAUGAGCCUUGUUAUGAUCAGUGAGAAUGUAAAGCUGGCCCGUGAAUAUGCCUUACUGGGAAAUUAUGACUCUGCGAUGGUCUACUACCAGGGAGUUCUUGACCAAAUGAAUAAAUACCUCUACUCUGUCAGAGAUACGUAUCUGCAACAGAAAUGGCAACAGGUUUGGCAGGAGAUAAGUGUGGAAGCUAAGCAUGUGAAAGAUAUAAUGAAAACACUAGAGAGUUUUAAACUAGACAGUACUCCAUUGAAAGCUUCACAACAAGAAUUACCAGCUCAUGAUUCAGGGCAAAGUGCGCUUUGACUUCAGCCUAUUCCUAUGGAAAAGAGACCUUCGCCAGGACCAAGAAAACGUCAGUCUGCUCAAUGCAGUGAUUGCAGAGGUCACAAUAAUCGUAUAAGUGCAGCUGUCAGAGGCCCUCACCGUCCAUCCUCUCGAAAUCCCAAUGAUAAAGGGAAGGCAGUCCGCAGCCGGGAAAAAAAGGAUCAGCAAAAUAAAGGAAAAGAGGAAAAGAACAAAUCUGCAUCUGAGAUUUCAGAGUCUGAACCAAAGAAAUUCGAUAGUACUGGAUAUGAUAAAGAUUUAGUAGAAGCUUUGGAAAGAGAUAUAAUUUCUCAGAAUCCCAACAUUCGGUGGGAUGACAUUGCUGAUUUAGUAGAAGCCAAAAAGCUGCUUAAGGAAGCUGUAGUUCUACCGAUGUGGAUGCCGGAGUUUUUUAAGGGAAUUAGAAGACCAUGGAAGGGUGUGCUGAUGGUUGGUCCCCCUGGUACUGGAAAGACCCUCCUGGCAAAAGCUGUAGCCACUGAAUGCAAGACUACGUUUUUCAAUGUUUCUUCUUCCACACUUACCUCAAAAUACAGAGGAGAAUCUGAGAAACUUGUUCGUCUGCUGUUUGAAAUGGCUCGAUUUUAUGCCCCGACAACUAUAUUUAUUGAUGAGAUAGACUCUAUCUGUAGUCGCAGGGGAACUUCAGAGGAGCAUGAAGCUAGCCGACGUGUGAAGGCAGAACUGCUAGUUCAAAUGGAUGGUGUUGGAGGGGCUACUGAAAGUGAUGAUCCUUCCAAGAUGGUCAUGGUACUUGCUGCUACUAAUUUUCCUUGGGAUAUUGAUGAAGCCCUAAGGCGGAGACUAGAAAAGAGGAUUUACAUUCCUUUACCAUCAGCAAAAGGUAGAGAGGAACUCUUAAGAAUAAAUCUGCGAGAGCUGGAACUGGCUGACGAUGUUGACCUUGCAAAUAUAGCUGAGAAAAUGGAGGGUUAUUCAGGUGCAGACAUUACCAACGUAUGCAGAGAUGCAUCGUUGAUGGCUAUGAGAAGGCGUAUCGAAGGCUUGACACCAGAAGAAAUAAGAAAUCUUUCCCGAGAUGAAAUGCACAUGCCAACAACUAUGGAAGACUUUGAAAUAGCUUUGAAGAAAGUUUCUAAAUCUGUAUCUGCUGCAGACAUUGAGAAAUACGAGAAAUGGAUAGUUGAAUUUGGAUCAUGCUGAUUUGUCUUAUCUUGAAGAGGCCACCUUACGUCUUAAAACAGAUUUAGAAGUACUAAGUAGUGUGUCAGUGCACUGUGUGCUCUUUUUAACUUUUGUAAUUUAAGAGCAACAGAUGUCUAAAUAAAUUUUUUUUUUAAA